CCUCCCGGGGCUCGCCGUCCAUGUGCCAGCAGCCGGCGGGGCCUGGAGUCGGGAUGAAUUUCGGCGUGGUCUUCGCGUUCAUCCUCUCGCUGCCCCUGGCCCGCAUGGAGGGGGACCCCAUACCCGAAGACAUUUAUGAGAUUUUGGGUGGCAGCUCAGUGCGCUCCAUCAGUGACCUCCAGCGUGCCCUGCAGAUAGACUCCGUAGAGCAGGAUAGCUCAAGCCUGAACCUGAAUGCAACUCAGCCCGAUCAAAACCCUGUGGCCCUGUCUCGAGAGCGACGAAGCCUAGAUGCUCUGGCAGCAGCAGAGACAGCUGUCCUUGCGGAGUGCAAGACGCGGGAGGUGGUGUUUGAAAUCUCCCGCAACAUGGUGGACAGCACCAACGCCAACUUCGUGGUGUGGCCGCCCUGCGUGGAGGUGCAGCGCUGCUCCGGGUGUUGCAACAACCGCAACGUGCAGUGCCGCCCCACGCAGAUCCGCGUCCGGCACGUCCAGGUGAACAAGAUCGAAUUUGUCCAGAAGAAGCCAAAAUUCACGAAAGUGGUUGUGCCUUUGGAGGAUCAUGUGCAGUGUCGGUGUGAAGCCGUGUUCCGACCACCCCCCAGGAACAUCCGUCCAGGGCCACGAGAACAGAGACGCUUGUCACCGGCGUUCACCACAGCCGCGGUCUCACAGAGGCGGCGAGUACGCCGGCCGCCGGCACAGAAGAGGAAACAUAAGAAGUACAAGCACGUCAACGAUAAGAAAGUGCUGAAAGAAAUCCUCAUAGCAUAGAAGUGCUGGCAGGGGAGAGAGAGCACAAGGUUUAUUUAAUGUAUUUGCUGUAUUGCCCCCAUGGGGUCCUUGGAAUGAUAACUUUUCCUCUUUGUCCAUCUGCCUCCACGUCUGAUUCAGACGGCAAUUGGUGCUUCCCUUUCCAUCAGUGGACCUUCUCCCACCAAAGCCUCCCUUUCAUUUAUUAGCAUAAUUUUAAAGUUUUACACACACACACACACAAAAGGACAAGGAUGACCUACAUAUACGUAUAUAUGUGAGAAAAGAACAAAGUACAAACAAAACCGUGAAUGCCAACAGCCAGAACUUGUGAUGAGAACAGGACAAUUCCUUCCCUGCUACGGAGGACAGGAUGGAAAAUGUGAAAAGGAAAGCGGGUCCAAUUUCUUCUGAGAGAAGGAGAAAAACAGAUGGACAGAGGCCAGAAGGGGAACAUUCUCCCUUUCCCUCAUGCUUCUGGUAAGGCUGGGGGGGCCCAGCUGAGAUCUACUCUUGUGUUGGACUUACCUUUUGGAAAGAGGUAAAUCUCAGACUGCGAGCGGCAACCAAUGAUGGAAAAUGCACUAAGGACUUUAAUCGCCCUACCUGGACAGAUAUAUAUUUUUAACAUGCGUGUGUAUAUUUUAUUUUUAAAAAGAAAAACCAAAACCACUAAGGUAUACAACAUCUCGGGGAACAGAACAAACAAGCAAAGAAACAAAACAAAGAAGCCAAAUGCAUUCCCCCACUCCCUCUUUGCCCUGCUCCUGGUGCUGACUGGAAGGUGUUUGGAUCGUGGGGAAGGAGCACACGGCGGCAGAAUCGUCUCCACACCCCCGGCCCCUGCCAAGGGGAGCCAUCUUUGCACAUGCUGGUGGAGAAUUCAACUUUCCAGGCUCGGACUCAAAUUAUUUUUUAAAUUCACUCUGGAUGUGUGCGUGUGUACAUGUGUGUGUGUGUGUGUGU